CCCAAUCACAUUGAACUGGCAUGGGAAAGGGCACCGCACACUCCCUCCCUCGCUUCAUCUUCUCACUGCGACCUUUCGUCGAGCAUCUGGUGCGCACCUCCCAUUUUCCCAGACCUUCAAAUUUCGCCCGCGCUCUCUCUUCUUCCCUCAUCGCCCCACCUCCCCUGAAAGACCAGCAAGACCCCUACGCCCUCCUCAAACAAGACCCAAUUGAAAUCUGCUCCAAUCUCUGGGUCAAAGCCUUCUCUUCCCCACCAUCCACCACCUUCCCCAACCUCACCGGCUUCCUCUCCAAAUUCGACCUCUGGGUCCUCGCCUACCAGCGCUGCUGCGCCCACGUGACCGGCACGUUCCCUCCCCGCAACGCCGUCCACUCCCACGUCCUCCACGACCUCCUCUCCCUCCGAAACGCCGUCGUUAAAGGAAACUAUGCCUGGAACAAGAAGACCCACCAGUUCAUUCGGAGCCCCAACGAGAGGCCCAGCACCGAGGUCGUCUCCAAGCGGAAGCUCCAGGCUAUGCUCGACUCCGACGAGCCUUGCUUUCAGGAUAGGAUUGUGCAGGAGGUGUUGCUGAUGAUCAUUGAGCCGGUUUUCGAGGCCCGAUUCUCGCCGAAGGCCCAUGGGUUUCGGCCCGGCCGGAAUGCCCACACUGUCAUUCGGACCAUCCGGAGCAACUUCGCCGGGUACUUGUGGUUUCUGAAGGGAGAUAUCAGUGAAGUUUUCGAAAAUGUGGAUGGAAAUGUCGUGAUGGGUUGCUUGGAGCAGGCAGUGAGGGAUAGGAAGAUAUUGGGUUUGGUGAAAUCUGCACUCAGAGCACCGAAUCGGAUACAGAGCAGUGAUGGUGAUGAACACUGGCCGAGGAAGAAGAAGAAGAAGAAGGUUUUGAAGAAGAAGAAGAUUUUGAAUGAGAAGGAAGCGAAACCGGACCCGUAUUGGCUCAGAACCUUUUUCAAUUUUGCACCUGAGGAAGCAGCUAAGGUACCUUGUUAUGGGAACUGUGGAAUUUUGAGUCCUUUACUUUCGAAUGUGUGUCUGAAUGAGUUGGAUCAAGUUAUGGAAGAGAAGAUAGUUGAGUUUUUUAGGCCAUCUGAGAGUGAUUCUAUAUGGAAAAAUUCGAUUUAUGAUGGUUGUCAUAACCCGGCUUGGCCGGAAUUUGUGCCUGCGAGUGGGGAUGAGAAAACUAGGAAAAUGGACUACAUUAGGUAUGGGGGUCAUUUCUUGAUUGGUAUUCGAGGGCCUAGAGAGGAUGCAGUGGAUAUGCGAAAGCAAAUCAUUGAGUUUUGUGAGAGAAGAUUCGGGUUAAGGUUGGAUAACUCUAAAUUGGAGAUUGAACACAUAACUAGGGGAAUUCAGUUUUUGGACCAUAUAAUUUGCAGGAGGGUUAUACACCCUACACUUCGGUACACAGCCACUGGAGGUAAUGUUGUGAGUGAAAAAGGUGUAGGGACUUUGCUUUCAGUUACUGCUAGCUUACAACAAUGUAUUCGCCAAUUCCGGCGGCUUGCAUUUGUUAAGGGUGAUAAAGAUCCCGAGCCAUUGCCCUGCACUCCGAUGCUUUACUCGAGUCAAGCUCAUACUAACUCCCAGAUGAAUAAGUUAUUGGAGACCAUGGCUGAUUGGUACAGAUACGCUGAUAAUCGCAAGAAAGUUGUUGGUUUUUGUGCUUAUGUGAUUCGCAGCUCUUUGGCUAAACUGUAUGCUGCGAGGUAUAGACUAAAAUCAAGGGCCAGAGUGUAUAGUAUAGCUACCCGCGACCUCAGUCGUCCACUGAGGGAGAGCAGUAACAACUCUGCACCUGAAUAUUCUGAUCUAUUAAGGAUGGGACUUGUUGAUGCAAUUGAAGGUGUUCGGUUCUCGAACAUGUCUUUGAUCCCAUCUUGUGAUUACUCGCCAUUUCCUAGGAAUUGGGUUCCAGAUCAUGAGCGGCUCUUACGAGACUACAUCAGACUUGAAGACCCAAAGUUCUUCUGUGCCUUACAUAGAUCAAUUAAAAAAGAUGGUUUAAGUUUGCCUCAAGAUGAGAUAUCUGAACUUCUGUGGCAUUUCAAGUCCGUUGGGGUUCGGAACUAUCUGCUAAAGGAGAAAAGGAAACAAAAACAUGAUGUCGUGGAAAUGCGUGGUACAUGAUGAAAUCUUUCAGUGAGCGGAAUAUGAAACUUCCUCAAAUUGUUGACCAGGCAGAGACCUGCUUGAAAUGCUAAUGGCCAUUGUCCACUUCCAUGGAAAGGUCUGUGAGCUAAACAUAAUGUACUUCUUUCAGUGUCUAUUUGCUUGUAGCUGUAGGCCUGUAGCUGGACUGAGAAGGAAUGACCGUGAUUUGGGAUUUGAAUAUUACGCAUUAAUAGCUGGCCAAUGGUUUGAUGACAGUUCCUCAAAUGGUCUGCCGCCAAGUACUGUUUUGCUUAGCAAGAAAUCAUUUCAAUGAUUGAGGCCCUGGUUUUGGGGGGUUUGAUAGAGGACACGAGUGAAGAUAUUUAAGUUGAUUCUAUGGAUAGUAUGCUUCAAAUGAUCAAGAAAGGAGUCCAAAGUAAGCUUUUGAAUAUUUGCUGUUGCGACUUUGGCAUUUGUAGGGAAGAUAAGUGAUCACAGUAUUAUACUACAACCAACUUUCAUGCAUCACUAAUCAUAGAGAAUUCAUAAAUCUAAGAUAGCCUUGAUAUUCAUAUAUAGCAUUUAUCCAUCACCAACUGAUACAACCUUAUUAUAAGUAUAUUUGAUGCUUAGACUUCUCUGAAUCCUUGAGUGGUACAAAACUACAGACUUCGGUGCUUGCUUUUCUGGUUUUCAUCAUCCUUGUCCUGAAAUCCUGAAGCUGGGUAUGUUCCUGUUAGGCCGGUGGGAGUUUGAAUGCAAAGCUUCUCUAGAGCAAGAUCUUUGAAGCAGAUUUAAAAAACAGAGAUCCGGAAGAGCAUGUCCUUGUUGGCACAACCACUGAGUUUCUUGAUCCUACCUUUCUCAACAAACAUUGUGAGCUCAGGAUCGUAGACGAUAGUCUUGCCAAUGCUCCUGAACCUGUGCUCCUUCCUUCUUCUGCUUCAGCGAAACAAAGCCUGGAAGGUCGGUGGUGCCCUAUCUCCUCAAUGUCUGAUUGUAGGACGCCUUUGGGAAGACAACUCUUCCCACGGUUCAUGGAACUUCUGCUUGCAGAGAGCUUCACCCUGGUAAAUCUCCGUGUCAUUUCUGCAACUUUUGAUCAGUUCAGAAGCCAUCUUCGAUACUGGAGGAAUUGGCAAGAAUUAAGAGCUACCUAGAGAAAAUUGUAUAGGGUUGGAGCAACAGGAUCUAUCCAACUAGAAGCAGAAAAGUUGCAGCUACUUGUACGCAACACACUUUAAUGUGGGUCAUUUAGCAUGAUGAAUUCAAUCUGAAGCCGAUUCUUCUUCAUGCUGAUCUUCAACCAUGUCUACCGAGAGACACUACUUUCUUAGUGAGGCGCGGCAGGAAAAGACAAUUGAUUUCUUAAAUGAAACCCGAAGAGGAAUGGUUCUGCUCAGAUUGCAGCUCUACAAGCUUACCGGGAGUGGUUGGAUGGAUGGAGACGCCUAUGACGACGUUCCAGUUGCAAGAGAUGUUACUUAUGAAGAAUCUCCCAUCUGGACAGAGUCUCACUUUUGGAUCAGCCUCUCAUCUCUCAAGCACUUGCCGAAAAGGAAGAAGCACACUGAGCUUUUUACAGAGGUUCUAGAGGAUUGGAGUGUGCCAAAACCUCAGCAGCCAGCUAUUAUUGCACAAUUGUUUCAAGUGGUUGAUGGAGCUUCCCCCAAGUUGUCCAUCAUUGUUGCCGUGCGCAGCCUCAUUCUGCGGUUGCGCAUUGUGAGUAGCUUUGGUUAUGAUGCAACGGAGCUCAAUCCUACAGCUGAAUCAUCCACAUUCGUUGAGGAGGGUUUGGAGAAAGUGGGCCUUGAAAACUCGGGAGCUACAGAACACAAGAAAACCUCUUCAUGUGUUUUGUGCAUGGAGGGCCUUUUCGAAUCUGACAACGGUGCUCAACAACUUACUCGCUUGCCCUGCUCGCACUCUUAUCAUGGACGCUGCUUACUUCAGUGGCCAUCAGAGAUAAGUAGCUCGUGUCCCUUGUGCGAAAAGCCAAAGUCGAAAUUUCAUGCUUGUCGGCAAUUUUGGGUUCGGAUGGUGAGGAAGCACGUGGGUACUGUGAUAUCUGCUCUGAUUUUUUGCCAAUUUUUCAAGCCUACUCUUCAAGUCCAGCCUACUCUUCAAGUCCAGCCUUUAGAGACCUCCCCUGCCCGUCCUAAAAGCUGGAAGCAGAGUCUGCUUGAAAUGGAUGAAAUGAUGACCAUGACGGCAACCAAAUUGGUAAACGAUUUCCAAUCCGGCAAACUAUUGAAGCAAAUUAAGAAAGAAUGGUGGAAUUCAAGAAGGAAUGCGAAACCAAAUGUAGUCAGACAUUAGAGAAAAAAGAAGUGCGUGGUUCAGAAGCUACCAUCUCUAAGGAUAGAAACUCUGCACAGAUGGCCAAUACCCCAAUCCAAGGAAAGAAUCGACAUAUGUGUCUCUUCAAACCUUUUUCGUUCGUGAGGUGAUUCCAAUUCUUCAAGCUUUGAUUGAUUUGUUUCUCUUGUUUUUUACUCUUACGAAAGAACAUCCAAUAGUUGUUUACUCUUAUGAAAGAACAUUCAAUGUCCC